GGAUGGCAACAGAUCGAUAGCAAUCGGAAAAGCAGCAGCGAGUUCCACCCUUUCUACGCUCGCAACUCCUCAAAACACAUUGCCGUUGUUAGUUAGUUUGUUUCGCUACUAGUUUUAAUCUAUUCCAACAGCUGCGCCUCACAGACCGAUCGAUCGAUUACAUCCCUUCACCUAUCCAUUUGACUCCGCUAUGUCCUUUUCGGCCCCCAGACGCCCUUUGGAUUUAGCCUUUGUUGUUGUUCAAUCGCCGCAAGUUCCCCACCCAAUGGGCGAUAACAAUAGUAACAGCAGCAACAACUAUGCCGACUCGGAUAGCGAUGAGACUUUCGACGAUAUGCCUCCCUUGACGGACAUGGACACGAGCACAAGCAUUCACGCGAACAUUGACGCGGACAACGACGCCAAUACCGGUGGCACGGGAACAAACGUCGUCGCGAUGACUGGCAUUCCCAGCGAACGCGAUAUCUAUGAAGAGACGAAUUUGAGAACCGAGUACAUUGUCAGCGAGGUAGACGAAGACGAGGAUGAGGAUGAAUACGAGGACGAAGAUUAUUUCGACGAGGACGAGGACGACGCGGAUACCGCAGCAGAAGUUAUGAUGGCUCAUUACUUGCAGAGAGURCUGGAAGACAUACCAGAGUACGACACUGGGGAUGUCUUCGAAGACGAGGACUACGAGGAGAGCCACGCCUACGAUGACUUCGACGAGGAUCUCGAAGGAUCCGAUCCUUGCAACUGCCCCCAGUGCGUCUUGCAUCGGAUCGUUGGACGCCAUUCGAGCUGCUACGAAGCCACGGAUUCCUGUAGCGACGAAGGAGAUGAACACGACAACGAUGUCCCCCUCGAUCCACUGGCCAGUCCCUGUGCCAUCUGCAUGGAGCCGGAGACGGCUGCGCGACGGUUUGCUUGCCUGCCAUGUUGUUCUUCCGGCUCGAGGAUGGCCACACGGCAGGACAGCCACGGCCACCACCUGCCGGGGACACUUCCACCCACCACUACCGACACGAGUUCGACACGGUUUUGCUACAAAUGUCUCGUCACGUGCCUCGUAAAAAACGGUUGUGGUGUCCACCGGACGCUAGAACGCGGCGACCAUGACCACGGUUCGAGCGACAAGACGAACGGCAACACCGAUGCGCAGCUGGCGGGGGAAUGUCCCCGCUGCAAGAAGCUAUUGGUCCUCGAAGAGCUCCCACUCGAGGACAACAAGGACGCCUCGAAACCAAAAUGGCAACAUCCACUGCCCGGCGGACUGCCGAAGCAAUGCCUCGCGAAGCCCCCGCUGGCACGCAAAGCCUCGGAAGAGAUCGCCUACCACAAACGCACGGUUGCCGCCAUCCCCUCGACGGAGGCCAUGUUUUGGUACGUUGCCAGUCGCAACCAUCUCCGGAUCUACCUGGUCGUUCUGGCUACCUGCCCCAACCCGCGCUACAUUCCCGAGGAGUUGCUGCUGACUAUUGAUCCCUCGAGCACGGAACGAAUCCGGUUGCUUUGCCAGUGGGGAUUGAUUGCCAAGCGCCAAAACUCACCAGCAUGCGCAAGUACAAAGUCGAGAACGAGCCUGCGAAAGCGGCUAGGUUCGAUCAUGCAGCAACUCUGGCAACGCGGUCCGCUGGGAACGGCGGCGGCAGCAGCAGAAAUGCCGGAUCGAUCGGAUGCCUUUUGGAACAAACACUACCAAGCAAUCCUCGGCUCCGUCCGAACGUGGAGGAUUUCGAGAGCCUGCUGCUCGCUAGCCGAGGCGAGCAGGAACCUCCCCAAUCGAUCGGGAACGGUGUAUCAAAUCGAUCCCACCGUUCAACACACACUCCAUCGCCUAUCGGCGAUGUAUCUGCAAUUGGGGGAUCUCGACGAUCCCGCAAUCGACCGUGUCGGGGAAGAGGACCAAAGAGAGUACGAGGGAUACUUUGGACUGUGCCUGCUGGCCCCCCGGAGCAAGCUCCAAACACAAAACACAACGGGCGGCACCUCGAUGCACGACGAGAACCUGGAACUGUUUUUGGAGGAGAAUGGAAGAAGGCACUGUCUCUUGGUGGCCAGGGAUUGCUUUUCCUCGGCCGUAAUGGCUGCCGGUCGACUCCGGAUCUGUCGAAGCCUCGCGCUGGCUCGAUGGGGAUCCUCCCUGGUGCUCCUUUCGUGGGGCGUUCUGGGCCUCCCGCCCCUCGUUUCGUGGCCUCUGGCCGUUGCCAACAACGGUGCCGCUCGGUGGCGGUGGUACGCCAUGGAUGGCCUGAACCUGGUGGUGGGGCUCUUGCUCGCCAAGAUUCUGGUGCAGGUGUUCUGGAUCGGAAUCCACCUGGCCAAGGCAGUGGCGGUGUGCCACCUCGCAGGGAGCUGGCUCGACCUAGAGCGGCAACGGAAGCGCUCCAAGCGCCAAGCCAACCAAGACGCAGGCACGACGGAAACCCACGGCAUUCUCGAGGGAAAACGAGCCGUCGGUGCCGGAAUUCUUGCUGUGUACGUUGCGUGGAAGACGUAUCAUUAUUGUUCCGGGGAGCACUGUGCGAGUGGCUUGGGAGAGGUGGUGGGCCAGUGAGCCAUCUGGCCGGUGACUUGAAUGCGCCUGAAAACAAGUUCAGGAACAGAGAACUGUUGUAGGUGGUAGAGAGACCACGGCGAAGGGCAGACGUAGAAUGACAUAGCGAAAAACGCAUCAUCCUGCGAAGAGAAAGGUUAUGGACACGACUAGCUACUGAAUGAGGAUCGUAUCCGAUAUAGAACAGUAUUCUGUUUGACGAUGGUUGAUGCAAGAUAAAUGAGUACUAGCUGCAAAGAGCUUCAGACAGAUAAUCGGCACGGCAAAUUGAAAAUUUUUGGUUUGUUGGCACCGAUGGACAUCACUGGCAGAACACAGCUGAAUCCAAAAAAUGGCAUCCACCACACUCAGGAGAUGGAUUGUUUGAUGACGGCAACGCACCAAAACCAAAGCCUUCAGUAGAAGUGCAAAGCAGGACUACCGUUGCCGUUGGCAUGAUAGAAACUGAUGUAUUCAUAGAAAGCAUGACUGGGUACCUAUGAUCUAGGCGUGGGAUAACGAUGGCGGGUUGGGCCUGCAAAGUUCGGCAAUGCAGUUUCUAGUAGAAUAGAUCUUGCACACCGAAUGGCAUUCCAGUUGAUAGUAGGCUCGUGCCCAGUGUUGUUUUUCACCGCUACAGCGACUUACGGAACUUCGUUUUGGAGACCACAAGGGUAGUCACCAGUUGACCUCGUAUACCCAUGCCUCUAUCCUCCGACGAUACUACGAGUACGACCGAUCCCUAGGUGAAGACGAUGCU